AUGGAGUCGAUGGACUGGAGCUGGAACGCAGAGUUCGGCGCAAGGCACGACGUGUCCCAGGGGCGAGAGGUGUACAUGUCCCUGGACGUGCUGAACCAGGUGUGGACAGCGGAAAUGUCGUUCCUGCGAGACAUGUACCUCCUCGACGCCGACUUCUUCCGCUUCGUGUGGGGCCUGCUGCAGCAGCCGGAGGCGGCGGGGCCGGCCACAGCCACGCUCGCCGCGCACGCUGGCACAAAGGUUGCCGUGGAGAUGGUCGCGCACGCGAGGGCGAGCUCCUGCGUCGCUCCGUGGUGCAAGCGUCUCUCGCAGCUGGCGCGGGCUCACCAGCACGCGGCGGACAACGUGCUGGCCCUCCUUGCCGUCGGUCGAAGGAACGGCUCCAACGCUGGAUACCUGAGAGAGCUCCUCGUCUCUUGCCCGCGAGCCUCUACCCGUCUUGCCUUCGAGCACCUCGCCGUGGACGCCGUCGAGGCUUCGUCCAACCCGCCGCCGCCGCCGCCCUACGACGACGACGACGAUAACGCGCCGCCAGAGAGCGGCGGUGCGACGAGCGCGGUCGUUUCGUCGGAGGGCGAAGACGAACAACAACCGCCGGAGGCGGUGGCGGUGGCGCCGGCGAGCGUCGCCGUCGUUGACCAACAAACCUCGGCGCUGUCCCGGGUCCUGCUGGACCUCCUGGCGGACGAGUCGUACGGGUCGGCGCGGGGCGGGUCGCUCGGGGGGCUGAC